GUGAAGAAUUAGACCCUUCAAAUAAUUUUAAAGCAAGCAAUGGAUGGCUAGCUCGAUUUCGUACUCGUUAUAAUAUCCAGUUUAGGGUUAUUUGCGGUGAAAGUCGGUCAGUUGAUCAAAAUACGGUCGAUGAUUGGAAAACUCGUUUGACAAACAUUAUUGAACAUUAUGAUCCUGAUGAUAUCUUUAACUGUGACGAAACCGGCCUAUUCUACAAGCUAAUGCCGGAUCGAUCAAUGACGGUGGACAGAAAUGAUUGUAAAGGGGGGAAAAGAUCUAAAGAUCGAUACACCGUGAUGUUAUGCUCGAAUUGGUCCGGUACUGAAAAGUUAAACCCUAUUGUCAUUGCAAAUGCGACCUCAAAAAUUCAGCCGAUGGACCAAGGAAUUAUUAGAGCGUUCAAGGCGUAUUACAGGCGGCAUCUAGUCAAGCAUAUUAUUGCCAGUGCCAGUACUGCCAUGACAGCUGAUGAUGUCAAUGUUACUGCUUUAGAUGCUGUUUAUUGGAUACAAUCAGCAUGGGAAACAGUGACCGACACGACUAUCAAAAACACAUUUAAGGCAGCCGGUUUCGAAAGGUCUACUAUUUCGGAUGGACUCAAUGUGGCACAAAUCAGUUCAAUUAUAGGUGAAGAUAAUUCAACAGCAGAUAAAUCAAUUGCAGAACUUGAUCGAGUAUUGAAACACUUAACUGUUGGUGGUAAAUCUAUGUCUGCUUAUGACUAUGUGAACUUUGACGAUGAUAUACCGGCAUUUAACGAAUGGGACGAUUCAGUCGACAAAUUAUUAGUAAUCAAUGGUAUUACUACUGAUGACGUCGAUAAUAGCGAAGAUGUGCCCAAUGAAGAGCCACCUUCAUUAUCUGAGUCGUUAGAACUAGUUCGUCGUCUUCGUCUCUUAUCAACAACACAACAGCCGGAAUUACACACCUACAUUAUUCAACUAAAAUCCAAGCUUACUGAUGCAUUCCUCGAUUCAAAUUUGUCAAAACAGAGAUCUAUAUUGGAGUAUUUCAAAUGUUUACCUAUGGAAUCUCCUGUUAAAUCCUAG